UAAAUGUUUGUUUGAUUGCUAAGCUGCAAGUUGGCUGACUCUAUUAUUCGUUACUGGGAAGCUGGCGUCUCACUACGCUAGUGCUGGUAUUGUGUGCUCACGUUAUAGCGAUCAGUGGUGUAACGGUAUAUAUAAAUUAAAAAAAUAUUCGUGCUGAGGCAUAAGGACGUCACGAUGCCUCAAACGAAUGCUGCGAAUUUAAGCGAACCUUCUGAGCAAGUACAAAAGAAUGGAUGGCAUUCAUCCGAACAACAGAACGGGCAUCAGCCACACAGGAAAGUUUUUGAUAAUGACGACGAAUUUCAAGCGAACGGGAACCAAGAUAAUGAAAUGGACGAGAGAAAUAGUGUUAGAUAUCCCGAUGGCACGGUGCGACUCCGUAAUCCGAACAUCGAACUUAUGGACCAAGACAUCCUUUACCAUUUGGCACUGGGCAGCGGGUCUCAUGAUCUUGUCGAAAUGUUUGGCGAUGUUAAGUUCGUCUGUAUGGGCGGCACACCAAAACGCAUGGAGCAGUUCGCGUACACCAUAAUGGCUGAGAUAGGGCACAAGUUGCCCUGCGGUACCACGCUGCAAGAUAUCAGUCAGUUCUCCUACCGCUACUCCAUGUAUAAAGUCGGCCCCGUUUUGUGUAUCAGUCACGGCAUGGGUAUUCCAUCAGUGGGAAUCCUCCUGCACGAGGUGAUAAAACUGAUGUACCACGCGAAGGUACGCGACCCAGUGUUCUUCAGGAUCGGCACGUGUGGAGGCAUUGGUUACGAGGGCGGCACCGUCAUCAUUUCCGAAGAGGCAGUCGACGGCGCGCUUCGGAAUGUUCUCGAAUUGACGGUUCUCGGUAAGACGAUUCAGCGACUGGCAAAGUUGGAUAAAAGGCUAGUUCGGGAGUUGAAGGCUCUAUCUGACCCCGAAGAUCCCUAUGACACUGUGACGGGCAAGACUAUGUGCACUUACGACUUCUAUGAAGGUCAAGGACGUCUCGACGGAGCUUUCUGUGACUUCACAGAAAACGACAAGAUGGAGUACUUGGAGGGCAUCCACAAAGCUGGAGUCGUGAACAUCGAGAUGGAGUCGCUGGCGUUUGCUGCGCUGACGCACCACGCCGGCAUCAAGGCAGCUGUUGUCUGCGUCACGCUGUUAGACAGGCUCAAAGGCGACCAGGUUUUAGCACCCAAAGAGGUUCUGGAUGAGUGGCAGCAACGUCCAACUAAGCUCGUCUGUCGAUACAUUAAGAAGUAUUUGCAAAUGAAAGGCAGAUUGUCGUUGGAUGGACACGGAUCGAUCUCCGUUAAGAGUCCGAGGAGGUUCAAACUAGUGCAGCAAGAAUCCGAAACUUAUGAUUAAAUAGCGCUCUAAAGGUGAUCGCAUCAGAAGAGACGACCUGUAAGGAGAGACGCACGCACCUAAUGAACUCACUUCAAAGAAGUCAACAAAGGCUCCCUCGAGUCUUCAACGUCGACCUCUGCUGAUUUCAUCAGCAUUGAUGCAGUUGAUUCGGCUGAAUCUCUCAUAAUAUUUGCAAUGAAUAUGUUAGGUUCCAGCGGUUCUAGCAGCUCUGUCUGCUCUUGUACCUACCACCUUUCCAGUAUUUCAGGUUUUCUCUUUUGUCCAUCGAUGUUCCUUCCUACCUAUAUAGAACGGGUCUCAUUGGAAAAACAGCGUUCAUUAAAUCAAUUUGAUUUGCUAAAUUAAAUCAAUUAGUUCGACUGUGGACGCACGUUUUGAUUGACAGCAAUCGAAACGUACAUAUAUCUAUAGUACGCGUCUAUAUCUUGUCUAUAUAAUAUUAAGGCCUCAUUCAUACGAGAGCUUUUUUAAUGUCCGUUAAAAAAGCGUUCAAAUAGAACAAAUGCAUUCCCAAGUAUCUGUUCACACGACAACGCUUUUUUAAGGCGUAAAUACAACGUUAAAUCCGCCGCUCGUGUGAAAGGGUUAAAGGUAUAGUAAUCCGUCUUGCAGUAUGUUGCUUUUGGAUAACAAUCAUAGACUUAUUAAGUAUAUUAAUGUUAACAAUAGAUAAUAAUGCAAUCAUCGUACAUGGCACCACGCAAAAACAAGAAAGACAUUUCACUAGGAUUCGUUUAAAAUUCGGGUGCAUUUUCGUGGACACAUCACGCAUUCAUUCGAAAUGAGUAGGCCUAAGUAUCUAUGAUGUGAUCACCUUAACUGGGAAAAUAAAAAUUCUGCACUCAAUAGCAUAAAAAGGAACAUCGAAAUUAAGGAAUCCGACUGAAAAGUUGGUCGUCUGAUAUUACAUAUUUAACGUGCUUCCACGAGUGAUGUGUUUGUGCACAAUUUGGACCGCGUAUAUGAUUAGUAGGUAUGUUGGCGGUGUUUUUGAACUAUUUUUGCUGUCAAUAGUAGUUGUAGAGUUUCGCUGUUUAAAUUAUAGUUAGUGUUAAAUUUAAGCUAUUAGUAGCCCUGCUUACAGUAAAUAAAACGAAGCGUCAACGUCGUUAAAACGAAAGCUCCGAUUCAACAGGCGCUCCUCCCUCGGGUGUCUGCAGAAAGAUUACUGAAUGCAGGGUUGUAAUACUUGCUUAUAAAAUAUGAUGUUUGAGUAAUUGAAUAUUAAUUAUAAAGCUAUGUUUAUCUAAGUACAAGUUAAGAAAUGGAUUAAAUAAAUUAUAUCUAUCUACUUGAAUUGUAACCGUGUCUAAUUGUUACGAGUUACGAUUAGGUACAAAGUACUGAAGUCUUUGUGAAGACUUUGUGACCUAUAUAAUUUACGGCACCAAUAUAAUAGAUAAUAGUCAUAAGAUAUAAAAUAAUUUUAGUUUUAAGUGUCUACAAACAAAAAAUGUUAAAUGCUUGAUAAAAAAUUAUUGUAGUUGAAAGUUUCAAUCUGCACUUUUUAUGGUUUUGGACUCAAUUUUUUCUAUUUCAAUUUCCAGUUUUUAAAAAACCUAAUAGUGUUAUAUACCUAACUAAUGAAUUAAGCCUAUACAUACUGUUCAAUUUUAUGCAUGUUUUAUAUUUUCGAUGUAUUAAAUGAUUAUAUGCCAAACCUAAGGUACAAAAUAUGUUUUUGUAUGGGAUGGAAAAUAUGUAGGAAUAGCCAACCGAUUAUGAGAAGGAUUAAGGUACAUAGGAAUACGAUUCAUCUACAGCAGUGGUUACUGAUCGAACAGCCAAUGACGCUAUUUGCUCAGUGGAUCCCACAUAUCAAUUUUGAUAAAAUGUUCUUAGAUAAAAUUUUACAACUAAUGCGUCUGCAUGAAUUUAUUUUCAACAAUGAUUUUGACUAAAGAACUAAUAAACAUGAAAUUUCAGUUGUUAUGUGACCAUCUCUCCGAAUUUUGCCGAUUCAACUUGUAUGUUUGUAUAUUACGUAACCUAAGGUCAUAAGAACUUAGGUACAUUGUGUGUCAAAUUUUUUUUUAUCAGUAAAUUAAUGAAGACAUUUGAACAAACUAAGUAUUAAAUAAAACCAUUUCAUUAGAUUGAAUAAAUAUACGUUACUACUAACACUUUUACUGUUUGCGAAAAUUGGACAUAAUAUUGUUGUGUAUGUUUUUAUACAAAAUAAAGUAGGCGUCCGUUACAUAAUAUUACAAAUUAAGUACCUACUUAGGUAAUAUAUUAUUUAUUGAACAGAUGUUAGCCAUUGGGCCGCUUGCAUGUGUUAUAUAUUGAAUAAAAGUGUUUGUUCCCUCAUA